AUGUUUCGCAACGCCUCUCGCUGCUUCCCCCGCCAGCUCCGACUCGCCGGACAACCUCCGCACCCGGCCCUCCUCCCUCGCGCCGCUGCUGGGCGUCUUGCCUACACGUCGGUUCGAAUGGCGUCGCGGCUUCCAGCAGUCAAGCCGCCUGUGUCGAUUGAAUUUCCUGCAGACGCCUAUCAGCUGCUCUCGACGUCGGAGAAAGCAGGCGCCGCCGAAGAUGCGCUCUUCGAGGAGCAGGUCAACGCCGUCAACCAGUGGUGGGCAACGCCCCGGUACGAAGGCAUUAAACGGCCCUAUUCGGCUGCGGAUGUCGUCAGCAAACGAGGGUCCUUGCAGCAGGCGUAUCCCAGCUCGUUGAUGGCGCGGAAACUCUUCAACCUUUUGAAUGAAAAGGCCGCCAAGGGGGAGCCUUUGCACACGCUUGGCGCAAUCGACCCGGUUCAGAUGACGCAGCAAGCCCCUAACCAAGAAGUCCUGUACAUCUCCGGAUGGGCCUGCUCGUCUCUGCUGACAACCACCAACGAAGUUUCGCCUGACUUUGGCGACUAUCCGUACAAUACAGUUCCGAACCAAGUCCAGCGUCUGUUCAAGGCGCAACAGAUGCAUGACCGCAGACAUUGGGAUGCGCGACGAAAGCUCACUCCCGAACAGAAAAAAGCCACUCCAUACGUCGACUAUCUGCGGCCAAUCGUGGCAGACGGCGACACAGGACACGGGGGCUUGACCGCAGUGAUGAAGCUUGCGAAGCUAUUUGCUGAAAACGGUGCCGCCGCGGUCCACUUCGAAGAUCAGCUCCAUGGGGGGAAGAAGUGUGGACAUCUUGCUGGAAAGGUCUUGGUCCCCAUCGCCGAACACAUCAAUCGAUUGGUAGCCGCACGAUUCCAAUGGGAUCUCAUGGGAACUGAAAAUCUGGUCAUCGCCAGGACUGAUUCCGAAAGUGGAAAGCUACUCAGCAGCACCAUUGACGUUCGAGACCACGAAUUCAUUCUCGGAGUUACUGAGGCCGGUGAGCCGCUGUCGGAAACAUUGCAAAAGAUGGAGCUGGAUGGCGCUACUGGAGCUGAAAUCGACGCAUUCGAGUCCAAGUGGGUGAAGGAACAUAAACUGGUGACAUUCGAUGAAGCCGUGGAACAGCACCUCGUCUCCGAGGGCGCAUCCGAAGCCACCAUCAACGAGUACACAACAAAGGUUCGCGAGAAUCGGGACAUGUCCAUCUCGCAGCGUCGAGCUCUCGCGGACGAAUUCACAAAGUCACCGGUGUUCUGGUCGUGGGACAUUCCAAGAACCCGCGAAGGCUACUAUCACUAUCGCGCCGGUGAAGCGGCUGCUGUCAAGCGCGCAAUCAACUUUGCGCCUUAUGCCGAUCUCCUUUGGGUUGAAACCGGUGACCCGAAUGUCAAGAAUGCCGCUAGAUUUGCUGGUGAAAUUCGAGAGCAGUUCCCAGGCAAGAAAUUGGUUUACAAUCUCAGCCCUUCAUUUAACUGGAUGGGACAGGGCUUUGACGAAGCCAGCCUGAAGUCAUUCAUCUGGGACCUUGCAAAGCAUGGAUUUGUGCUACAACUUAUCUCACUCGCUGGCCUUCACACCAACGCAACGGUGACCACUGAGCUCUCCAGAGGUUUCAAGGAGGACGGCAUGCUUUCAUACGUGAACCUUGUCCAGAAGCGCGAAAAGGAGAUGGGAGUUGACGUUCUCACCCACCAGAAAUGGAGCGGCGCCCCGUAUGUGGAUGGUGUUUUGGGGUCCAUCCUCAGCGGUAGCAGCUCCAAUAAGAGCAUGGGUGAAGGAAACACUGAAUCAGGCUUCUAA